AUGGUGGGAUUGCAAGUAUGGCGAGGUGCGUUCUUAUUGGGUGAUCUCAUAAUACAUUUGGGUGAUAGUUUGAAUGGAAAGUCAAUCAUGGAACUUGGAGCUGGUACAGGAUUGACGAGCUUUGUUGCCGCUAUUUAUGCUAAAAGUGUUGUUUGUACUGAUAUAAAUAUGGGAGGUAUACUGGAUUUAAUAAAAUUAAAUGCGAAAUAUAAUACGAAACUUAUUAAAUCUCAGUUCAAAGUUAUGCCACUGGAUUUCACUGACACUGAUUGGGACGGGGCUCUGUUGAAUGAAAUUAGAAAAACAGAUAUUUUUAUUGCAGCAGAUGUGAUUUACGAUGACGAUGUAACGGCAGCAUUCGUGUCGACCAUAGAGAAGAUAUUGAAUAUAGAACCGCCAAAAACUAUAUACAUAGUGUUAGAAAAACGUUAUGUGUUCACGAUAGAACAUAUGGACUCAGUGGCGCCGUGUUACGAAACAUUCCUAUCAUUGUUAGACAAAGUGAAGUUAAAUAGUAAAUGGACGAUAGAAAACAUACCUUUAGAUUUUCCCAAAUAUUUCACGUACGACCGGGUCAAGGAACUGGUCUGUUGGAAAAUCACAUCAAAUAGUACAACAAAAUAA